AUGAGGACCAUUGGUGCUGGAGCUACUUAUGCCGAGGAAGUGGCAAGUGACCGUGCAAUUCGUGAGAGGUGCCUGAAGCCAUAUCUGAUAUUGCGAAGUCAGUACAAGGCACGCCUUGAAGUGCAACCACGUAGUGCACCUGUUCUACCGAUUAAGGGUGUACUUAUUCUCUUAAUCACAGGCAAAACAACGGAUGAAGAAGACAACGACUUCAUUCGCUGGGUGCACUACACUCGUAGCCUCAGCAGUAUGUACGCUUGGAGAGCUGGUGUCAGUGUGGUCGAUGUGCGUCUCGAACGCAAGCUUCGGUAUGACUAUGCCAAGCUUAAUGCCUCAGGCUAA